GGUAUUAGCUCAGAGAAAGGGGGUCCCCUUAGGAAUUUAUUGAAGCAACAAUUGGGAGUAGUGAGGGGUUGUGGCCAAGGGUGGUUGGGGUCUUAUUUUGCAAUACCAACUCUCUCUCUCUCUCACACACACACACACUAGUCACUAUGUUAUGUUGAGAGUAAAUAGUCACUCCUCUUCCUCUUCAUGGCAUGCUUAGAAAUGUACAACAAAAGUAACUCAUCCACUGACCACAACAACAACAACAACAUCAACAACGACAAUGUUUAUUCAAUGAGUCCAAGAAUCUCCUUCUCCAAUGACUUCAUUGACUCUUCAAUUAAUUCUUCUCAACAGAUGAUGAUGAAGAAUAAUGAGAGGAGGGAUGUUCCUGUUUCCUCUGACUUUGAAUUCUCCGUCACUAAUUAUUCCAUGCUUAGUGCUGACGAACUUUUCUCUAAAGGCAGAUUGUUGCCCUUCAAAGACACACACAAGACUACUACUAUUCGUGAUGAACUCCUCAAUGACGAUAACGAUGAUGAUUUUACCUUGAGGAUACCCAAAAGUUCUACUAGGUGGAAAGGUCUAUUAGGCCUAAAAAAAUCUCAUCUUGGCUCUAAGAAAAUUGACAAGAAAAAUGAUGAAAAAAGGCCUCAAGACCUACCUCAAUCCACCAAGGAAGUGUACAGUGGGUCUGGUAGUGGAAGGGAAAUGGACUUUCGUUUUAAUUGAAAACUAGUAAGUAAAUUUUUACAAGGUAUUUUGGGGAUGGCUUAUGCUUUUUUAGUUUUCAAGUUUGGGAGAAUUGAAUCAACAUAGAUUCUGAUUUGUUUUGUGUACAAGUGUUUGGAGUUUAAUUCUUCUUAUCAUUUA